AUGAAGGUUCUUCCCAUUAAUCCGAGGUCCUCAAAUCGCCAAAACCCUGGGCUGCUGUGCGCAGGGAAAGCAGUUCACCCCGGUUUUCCCGGCAUGGGGUGGGGGUCGGGCCCGGAGGGCCUCGCGGGCGGGUGGGCAAAGCGCACGGGAUCCCGGCGUCCGAGACCGCCGGAGGCCCGCCCGCCCGGAGGCCUGCGCGCCGCCACUGGCGGCCGUGGCGGCCUACGCGCCAAGGCCCGGCGGGCCUGGGAUGGGGCAGCCGCGCGCCGGAAGGAGGAAGCCACGCGCACGAAGUCCCCUCCCGAGAGAGGCCGCCACGGCCCCGCGCGUCCCCGGCCGGCCGGCCGUGAGCCCCGCCCCCACUCGCGCGCACCGCCCGACUGGCCGUGCGCGCCCCGUCACCCCCGUGCGCGCUGCCGGGGCCGCGGGGUGGGGCGAAGAGGCGCGCCGGGAGACCCCAGGACUCUCGUCCCGGUUCGACGCUGCCGCCGCGCCCGGCGCCGAGGCCCGACCUUGAGCCUCUCCUCCUCCGCCGAGAACAAAUUACAUCCCAGGAAAUUGCGGAGAGGAGCGGCCAAAUCAAAGCCCGCCAGAUCUGUCUCCAUCCCGAAAACAGGCACUUGCAGUAAAAACAAACAUACAAACAAAACAAAACGUGUCAGAAGAAUGUCCUCCUUCAAGCAGUCAUACCCUUUGGAAUGGAUGGGAAGUACGCAUAAGCUCUCUUGCUGCAUACAGAAAGUAGUGGUUGUCUGGAGGAAGGAUUUUCUUCACAUGCUUUGACCAAAGUAACAUUUCAACAAUGAAAUGCUGAAACAAGUAUAGGAAUCCAGCCAUCUUCUAUUAAGCAAGUCAUUAAAAGAGAUUUGCAAGUAGGUAAACCAUGCUAAAUUUCUGUUUUGGAAAACAGAGCUAUUUUUCUCAAAGUGUUUUAUGUUAACACUUAAUGGGAAUGCUAUUAUUUUCAAAUGAAUUAAUAAAUGUUUCACAUUUCUUAGUUUUAAUUAGCAAUAUUGUAAGGAUAGAUAGA